CGUCCUCAUAACUCUUGGUCAGACAGGGAACAUUUCCACGUUUAGCUCGAACCGGACUUGAUGCCACUCCUUUGAGCCCGGGCAGCGACAUUAUGGAGGCGGUCCUGAGCCGGCUGAAAGCACUGACCCCAGAACAGUUGCGGGAGGAGAUUACAAAGGCAGGCUUGAAAUGUGGGCCCAUAACAGUGACCACGAGGGCAGUGUUUGAGAAGAAACUGGCCCGCGCCGUCCUUGAGAAUCAAGCCGGGGACAGCAGUGUGAAUGAAUCAGAGAGCCACACGCAUUGUGUGGAUCAUGCAACGUCUCAGACAGCUAAUUCAUCAGAGGCCGAGGCAAAAACAGAAGCUUCUGAUAAGACAGACGAAACUGAUGGAGAUGCGAGUCAGCAGGUUUCCCAUGAAUCUUCAUCUGUGUAUUACGGAGUGUGCCCUCCUCUGGACGACUCUUCAAACAGAGAUGGAAAGCCUCAUGUCUAUGUGGACAGAGAAAAAGCUCUGAAGGCAAUGGGGAGGAUGAAAGGGUCAAGGUUCAAGGCCUUCCACAGCCGAGAAGACGCGGAGAAAUUCGCCAAGGGCGAAACUGAACGUGGCCCGUCGCCCCAGAAACCUUCAUCAGACGACUCAAAGACAUCGCCGGGCGGGCUUAAUCGGCACAGCGUCCACGCAGGAGAGCCGGUGAAUGAGGAAGCUGUCGGUGUGGAGAAAGCUAAUGAAUUCCGAAGUCCGCGCACACAGGAUCUGACGGGUAAACUGAAGAAGGCAGUGGAGAUGGGAGACGAGGAGGUUUUCAGCCAGCUGGUCUGGAGUAAUCCUCGCUACCUCAUUGGAUCAGGAGACAACCCAACUAUCAUACAAGAGGGGUGCAGAUAUAACGUCCUGCACGUGGCAGCGAAGGAGAACCAGCCUGGGAUCGCACGACUCCUCCUGGAAACGCUGGAGAGCCCGGCGUUCAUGCGACUCAUGUACCCCGACGACAAGGAAAUGAUGCUAUGGCAACGCAUCCGUUACAUUGUGGACCUGUACCUCAAUACACCAGACAAAGUGAACAACGAGACCCCGCUUCAUUUUGCCUGCAAGUUUGGGUGUCCGGAAGUGGUCGACGUUCUCUGCUCACAUCCAGCCAUCGAUAAAAAGUGCCGGAACAAGUACAGUCAGACACCCUCAAGCGUAAUAUGUGAGCGGAAGAACAAAUCGAAAGAGAUAAAACAGAGGAUCAAGGAAUACUUGGAAGAUCGGUGGUAUGUGCCUUUGCUGAGAGCCACCGACAACACCCUCCACCCUCUGAUUGGCCUCCCGUGGUCUCCCGGCACGUCCGAAUAUCAUGAGCGUUCCCGAAAUCUCGAACUGGCAGAGAGCCCCAAAGACCCAAGGAUGGCCAUGAGGGCUUUUGUUGGCCCUCUGAGUCGAUCGAAGGCUGAGGAGUUCCAGAAGUUAUGGAAGACUCCUCCUCGAGGACGGGCCAAAUAUUUCCACGGCAUAUUGAAGUCCGACCCCGACCGAGGAGCAGAGCGCGUGGGGAGGGAAUUAGCUCAUGAGAUGGGUCACCCCUGGGCAGAGUAUUGGCAUUUCUUGAGUUGUUUCAUUGAUCUGUCAGACAAGGAGGGAUUAACUAUGCUGGAGGAGUACCUCAAAAGAAAGAGUUUGCAGGAGAAUUGCACACCACAACGCAGGAGGGAGUCAGACCACAUCAUAAAAAGGAAACUACAGGAAUGCGGACCUGGAAUCAGCCCAGAAAAACCCGGAGAAAACACAAGAUCCCCUGUCUGCAACCUUCUGCCGGAGUUUGAAAGGGUUACUUUUCAAGAAGGUCAGGCCACACCCCCGGCCUUCAAAGAGAAGGGAAAGAAGGCAGCCGCGUCGGCUGGAGACAGCCUCCCCCCGUCAGACGCGGGGCGAAAAAACCCGACACCCGAGGACGAUCAGUGGAGCUGUAGUUCAGAGGAGUACUUCACGGCCGAAGAAGAGUCUGAGGACGAAAGCGGCGAGCGGCGUUUAUCGGAACGUCACGUUCUCGCCUGCUCUACGCCGUGUAGCUGCAGAGAGAGGGGUCGGAGCUGCUCUGAAUCCUCCGGUUCCUCUUACGAGUCUACACAGAACAGUUUAGAGAACGACAGCACUACAGAGGACCGUGAUAAGAAGCUGGUCUUUAUUGAAGGUGAUUCGCCUACAAAGCUGGAUAACGAGGUCCUACUGGCAAUGAGUGGAAAAGAAAUCAACAAAGACGCGUAUCCAUGCAUCGCACGGUGGAGGGACUCCGUCUUGGCUCAUCCCAUGUCGGAACGACAGAGGUGGCCCAGCGCUGCGGGGGUGGACAAACACGACGAGACACAGGCCUUCUCACCCUCCAGGCUCACACACUGCUGGAUUACUGGAUCCCCCAAUUUCACCAGUCCAACUCGCCUCUUCCUUACGCACGGCACACACAACUCGCCGAGCAAGCUUUCCUCAGGCUCCUAAUAGCACUCCCCUUGGCCGAACUUUGCACUUGAGCUCCUGUUUAACCAGCCCCAGUACGUCAGGGAGACGUCUUUGACACGCUUCUGCACUUAUAAUUGUUCCAAAAGCCCUAUAACAUUGUUACUGCAAAAUGUAUUGACUUUGAUAUGAAGGAGAUAAGUAGGGAAAUUAUCCAUAUGUGUACUUUUAGCUAUAGACAUUAAAUGUCUCGCACUUUGAUUUUUAGCUUUAUACAAAAACUGUCUUUUGUAUUUAAUUUGCGCUCCUCUCGAGCCAGUCGGUGGACGAAAUGCACAUAUCCUGUACUUGACUGCAAGUACUGAUACUCUUGUUGAAAUGU